UUUCCCUUUUUUUCACACAUUUUCUAAUUAUAAUUUAUCUCUGAUUUUUGGCUCCCAAUUUUCAAUUCCUCACCGAUUCAUUUCUACGCCACCCACGGCCGAUCCCGCCGGCGCCUGCGAUUUAAUUCCCUGGGUUUCUUCUUCUACUGGCCAGAUCCGCUUAAUUGCAUCAGUUAGGGGUAGUUUGGUUCUGUUUGUUGUGACCAAAGGAGUGUCGAAAAGAGAAACGAAAAAAAAUAGAGGUGUUGUCUGGGUGCCCCAGAUGAGAACUGAUGUUAUUGACAGUAGAAGGAGGAGGAUUCUUCUCUUCUUCAGCGUCUGGGUAUAGCAAGGGCUUGGCCCUUCUUCUCUUGGGUCAGAAGCACGAGGACAAGUCCAUGAGAGUUUCACCGUGGAACCAUUACCAGUUGGUAGACCGAGAACCUGACCCUGACCUCCAACUGGCUUCCAUCAAGAAUCGGCUUCCCCGUGGGUGCGCCUCUUUUGUCUUCUUUUGUCGCACUUCCGCAGGGCUUGAAACACCAUCGCUUUUGAAAGUUGGUCCUGUUCAACAGCAGGAUGUCUUGCCGGACUCUUUUGUUGCAGAUAAGGGUAGUGAUCAAGCAAAUGAGCUUGAAGAUGGCAAUAUCAAUGUAAGAAAGGUUGUUUUGAAAAGUAGUUUGAAGAAGCAAUUAAAUAGUGCUCAUGUUUAUCGUGAGGCAUUGGGGGAAAAGGAUGGCGAUAACCCGAGUCAUACAGAACUAAGAAAGGUGCUCUGGACUGAUGCUUAUGGUUGUGAGCUUGCUGAAAUCAGGGAAUUUGAGCCCAGUGAAACGGGUGGAUCAGAUGAUGAAUUCGGUAACGAGUCGAAAAAACUUGUGCAUGUGCGAUUAUGUAGUUCGGCCGUUAUUUCGAGCUCCAAUGAUGUCAUCAGGUAAAAAUAGCUUGCUAACAAAAUUUAAUCUUUAUGCUGGAAUUGUUGAGUUGAUUUAUGGGAAAAGAAAAGCAAGUGUUUUUUAGUGGGGCCAACUUAGUUGGA